AAACUUGUGCCGUUGACCGAAAUCCUAUUUCACCAGGACAGCAUGGAAAAUCUCAGUAAAGAUCUCCCUCAAAAACUUUCUGGUUUCACACCAGAUGCUAGUUCAGAGACAGCAGCAAUAGAAAAACAGGACGUCUUGAACUCAACUCCCAUGGAUCACACACCUACAUUUACUGAACGAUACCCAAGUGAAUCAAAAUCACAAUCAGCCUUAAACUCCCUUCCGGCCCGAGCCUAUCUGGAUGAAGCAGUGGUUCCAACCCUCCUGGAAGGAAUGCAGCUAUUAAUCUCACAACGACCAGCAGACCCCCUUCAUUUUUUAGGGCACUUUUUGAUUGAUCGUUCUAGUCAACAAAAAUCUGAUCAACAAGAGUUGACCUCCACAAGCAAUGCCUCUGUAUCACAGAAUCAAGAUGAAAAGAUGUACUAGUCCGCCAGGCACUGAAUCGUGUACUAUAACAAACUGAUGCAAUUUGGGGGAGAGGGAGCGGAAGUCGUAGUCCUUAGCUCAUAAAUGAAUGUAAAUAAACGGCUGAGCUUUAGGCGGCUAAUAUGAAGACAAGCAAACGCUUAUUUUCCUCUACAAACAACCCCUUCGCUAUUAACCGAUAAUCUGGAUUGCUAGCAACCAUUGCUGAGCAGAACAUUCUCAUAAAAUAAAAAUUGAUUUAACGGAU